UGUCAACUUUUGUGCAAGUCAGUUGUGCUUUUUUCGUAAAAUCACCGAGCUUAUUUAGAAUUGUUCACAAUAUUCAGGCAUUAAAGUUAAUUUUUGGUAAAUCCUUGAAUCACGAAUACGGCAAAUCCAAGCUCAGCAGGAUGAUGCGCGCUUUUCUAAUACCGCGUGGCAUAUUGCCGCAUACGCUGCAGCCUGUUAAGGCUUUGGACAACUAUAUUGUAGGACGAAGCACGUCUUCUGGACAGCUGAACCAAUUGCUUUUGUUAUCUAGAUUGCCGAAAAUUGUGCGCUGUUAUGCCAGCGGCAGGGACAAUGGCAGGGCUCAAGGCUCAGUUGGUGGCAUUAUCUCUGGCAGUGCCUCAUCAGUUGAAGGAGGUUCAGCAACUGAUCCUUUAGCUUGUGCGCGUACACAGGUAGCCACAGUGAACAACGAAGCCUCUCGCUAUGACAAUCCGAACGAUGAUUGCCAGAAGACGGGUAAGAUCAAUUCGGAAAUGCAUGCCACGCCUACAAUUGGCAGCGACGAAUCCCAUGAUAAAGAAUCGAAGGCUGACUUUCGCAAAGGAGCAUGUGCUACAGAGAAGAAAACGUCAACCAAGCCUGCUGGCAACGCAGCUUCAGCCAAUAACAUGGCCGAGGAUGCCGUCAAGCAGUUGCAGGAUGUGGCUGCCAAUCUUCCCAGCAAGCAGCAGGUUGAGAAGUUCUUCUUUCGAGUGGUGGCCUUUGCCUACGAUGUUACCUAUUUGACAGGCACCUGGACCGUACGUUUCCUUGACCAGAAGGUCGUUGCCAAUCCUACCGUUCAGCAUUACUGGAAGCGUUUUCACGAGAAGAUGCAGGAGGCCAAGAAGGACUAAACUAAAUCCAAAACAAAUACACAAAUACAUACGGUCACAUGUCAACAGAAAAAUUAUAAAAACAAUAAGUUUCAAUAUAUAGCUG